GUAAUAUAAAUGUGCAGUAUGAUGGAGAACUCUUUUCAUCUUCGUUUCCCUGAAUCUAAGUAUUCCUACAACCAGACUCCAGGCAUAGAUUCUAACAGAUCUCCCACUUCAGAACUUGUCAGUCUAAGAAGGGUCAAAAGGAAAGGAUCCGAACAGAAAUUGCUAACAAAAGUGGUCCCUAAUAAUUUGAAUAUGCUGAAAUAAUUAUUCAGGAAAAAGUGAUCACCACUUACCAAAAAGUAACUUUCUACGACAAAGAAAAUCUGAGUUAGCCAAGAUUACCAAUACUGAGGAAGGGCUGGACAAGCAUUACUUUAAUGAGAAAUAUAUUGACAAUAGACAGGCUAAGAUGCAAAACAAAAUAUGGGCUAAUUAUAUGCAGACCAGAGGUAAGAAUAGAAGAGGCACAGACUACCACUCUUCAGAUGGACCUAGAAAUCAAGGUUUCAGCAUGAGCCUCCUUCAAAUGAAGAAGCAGGGAAGCCAGAAUCGAUUACAAAUGAGAGCAAACAAGAACUCACAAGAUUUUGGAGCAAAGAUCCAAAAUAAUGAUGCGAAAAAUCUUAAUUUCAGUUUUCUUGAGUCUAAAAGGCAUAUAAACCAGGAAGCCAGUGAGGCUCAAUCGCCCCAGAAGAAAACUAAGACAAAGGGGUAUAUAUUCUUAAGAAAAUCUAAAAAUAAAUAAGGAAAAGGAUAACUCUAAAAUUAAUGAUAUCAGCGAUAGUAACCAAUCUUUGCAGAACUCUCCUGAUCAAAGGGAGGAGUACAAGAUUACUCAAGAAAAUAACGAAUUAAUAGAGAAAAUGAUAAACCGGAAGCGACAAAGUUCAGUAACUGCAGAGUCACAAGCCAAGCCACAAUCAAAAUUAAUAAUUUUGAACAAAAAGUCUAGGAGAAACGUAAUGAAAAGAGUACUUGAUAAGAACAAUAAGCGAAGUUUCCUGAAUGAAACUCAUAUUAGUGCUAACAAAAGUCAAAUUUCAUCCCAGAAAUCUCCAAAUUUCCCCAAAAGGAACCUCAGAAGGAAGUUGCAAAGUACUAAAGUUAUACCAGGUCUUUGCAUGAAAAAUAAAAAACAGGGUCAGUCAAGAAAUUCUUCAAAGGAAAUUAUGAUGCUUAACCUGAUUAACCCAGAUCAUAGCAGGGCGAGUUCGACGUUAAAGCAAGUUUCGCAGGAGGUGAAACAGUCCCAAGAAGAUGCUUCAACCAAAUAAUACUUUAGAAGUUCCCUUAAAUCUUCAGCCAAGUGGCAACAUGCAAUUCAAGAAAGAUAAGAAAAGAAAGCUAUCUCAGGAAGAAUUUUUAGAGAAUAUAUCCCCUCUAGCAAAAAUCUGCGAAGAGGAAUCACCAGAAUUUGCUAACCAGAAUGAAGAAGACCCAAGCCCAAAGUUUACACUUGAAAUUGCUGACACUUGGGGCGAUGAUGCUGUCCAGGUGGAUGACUCCUGCACUGACAUAAUGAAAGAUAUAGAAGCGCUUAAGCUAAAGUACAAGUUGAGGGAAAACUGGCUUGAUAACACAACUAACGAAUCAAAGCCAUUUGUUAGUGAAAUCUCAGCGAUAUUGCCCCUGACCAAAGAAUAAAUUUUACUAUUCCUAAUUUAGAAUUUUC